UGUUACCUGGUGCAGGUGCUGCAGCCACUGGGCACAUGGCGUCGGUCGCACCUGCAUUCCAUCACCUAACCAGAGCGAGGAGACGUCAUUUGGUACACAGAGGCUUGAAACGUUCAACCGGCGUUGUGCAAUGAGCAACACAACUCUGUGGCUCCGUGGACACACAGCCGAGCAAACAAACGAGUUGGACGAGAUGUGUGAGACGUAACGAGAGAAACAUCUCAGAGACCUGUUUGUUAUUCCACUGUUCUGCCAGCAUUCACAGCACUCCGCACCAGUGGCAGGGAGCCUCACAAUGGAGUUUGCCUGUGGAUUCGUGUACGUGCCGCCGUCGGUGACCCAGCGGGACGCCAACCGAUCGAAUCCCACCAAGCUCUCAGCUCUUCUUCCCGUUAACCGGUGGCGUCCUCGCCAUCCUCCCCCUCCCCUUCCAACGAAGUCUGCAGAAGCCAAAGCACCAACGAAGAGUCAAUUUUAUGUGACUGUGGCUGAAAAUCCUGAUAAAGCGGUGGUAAAAAAAGCGCUCCUGCCGCCGCACAUGAAAAACCGGUCCCCUCCCUCCAGCCGCUUUACCCACAACCUCCCGGACGAGACCGAUUUAAAAGAACGACCUUCAGACCCGAGCUACUCGUACGCCACGCCGGAAGGCCUUCGGGUCGACAUGAAGCGGCCGGAGGUGUCGGCUCCAUUUUGGGAGCCAGAAUACCUGACGCUGUUGUCUGGACCGUCCUCGGACGCAUCCCUCGCCUCGCCGUCUGCUGGUAAGGAGCCGCUGCCCGGGAAUCCAAACGUGCUGCUCGUCAGUUUGCAAAAAUUACUCUCGGAGGAAACGGGUCAGACCACACAGGGGGAACCCACCUUCUGCUCCACAUGCGGCGCCGUGACGGACCCCUGCUAUGACAAUGUGAUCAAUGACUGUUACUUCUGCCAGCCCAGCACCCCCAGCACGCCACGGUGUCCCCAGGACGUCCUCUAUCUGCUGCGUCCCGACGAAGAGGCCCUGUGCGCCGCCGACGGUCUGCUGCUCUUCUGCAUCGACACCUCGGGCUCCAUGAGCAUCCCCUCUCAGGUCACGGAGGGAGGACAGGUCGUACACAAAACCCGCCUCCAGUUUGUUCUGGAGGCCGUGUUGCGGUGCGUUCAGAGACUGAGCGAGCAGCAGCCGGACAUCCGACUGGGACUCGUCACCUUCAACAGUCAGGUGACAAUGCAUGGAAAUGAGAACUUCGCGUCUCAGUCUCUGAGCAGUGCCGAGUUAAAUAACUGCGACUUUCUGAGAGAGGAGGCGGCCGGUUUCCCGACUCCACCUCCGCUCUCCCAGAACAAGGAUUACUUCCAGAGACAAGUCAUGGGAUUACGUCACGGUGGCACCACAGCGCUCGGUCCUGCUGCGCUCCUGACGAUUGAGAUCGCCUCCAGACAGCCAGGGUCCAAGGUCAUUCUCUGUACAGAUGGAAAGGCCAACACAGAGUUGGGUGAUCUGGAGCUAGAGGACAAUGACGCUCGCACGCUCCUCUCCUCCACCAUAUUCUACCAGGACCUGGGGGACUAUGCCGCCAGUCGAGGUGUGACGGUGUCCGUGCUGUCCAUAGAGGGGACAGACUGCCGGCUGGACGAGCUGGGAAGACUCGCUGAGCGCACUGGAGGGACAGUGGUGGUAGCAAGUCCCAAGAGGUUGCACUCCGAGUUUGAAGAGAUCAUCGAGAACAGGAUGAUAGCCACGCAUUGCACCGUCACGUUGCUGCUGCCCCGAUCACUGCACGUGAGAGGAGAGAAGGAGGCCGGGCCCAAAGGGACCAGAGAGGUGGGGAACGUGGACCCGGACACAGAGAUCACCUUCCAGUUUGGUGCCCGGGAGCAGGACGCCGCCGCGCCGGCUGUUGGGAACCGUGUCUUCAUCCAGCUGCAGAUCCGCUACAGGCAGAGGAAGGGACAGACGAUGCUCCGGGUGAUCACCACAAGCCGAGAUGUUACCGACGACAGCUCGGCGGCCCUGUCCACGCUCUCCCUCGCCAUCAUUCAGCUCAACUCCUCACAGGCCAGCGCCGCCCUCGCCGUCAGAGGCCGCCUCCUCGACGCCAGGAAGGAAGGAGAGGUGCAGAGGAAGCUGAUCGAGAAGGCAAUGGAGCACAAUCACAGUGCAGAGGACCACCAAUACCAGGAAUGGAUUAAAACCAUGGAGCCAAUAUACGGACAGAAAGAUGACAUCACCAGAAGAGAAUGUGACGUUCUAGAGUCGCAGGCCGUCACAGACGCCGGCGCCGCUCUGUUCUACACGAUGAUGCGCAGCAACAGGAAGACCAUCUCGCUGAAGGACAAACAGAAACUGUGACCUGAGCUUCCGCUUUCGUCCACGUGGAAGCAGCUGGUGUCAUAAAGGACGAGGAAAAAAAAAACACUGUUUGAUUUGUAUCAUCCGGCUGAAUAAAGAGCCCCAGAAUAUGAUUAACGGAGGGAUUUAGGACCAAUCAAGCUCAUAGGUUUAAGGAAUUCUAUAAGUAUGAAAUAAUUAUUUUCACUUAAACUAUAACGGCUUUUGGUGUAUUUGGAGAUAUACUCAAUAUAACGUGUAACAAAGUGACCACUAAAACCUCGCACAUCUUUUUUUAUUUGUAUAAAAUGUAACUCAUCCAAUUAAACAUUUUGGAAUGCAA